AUGUCGGCAGAUAUUCUUGCUAAUCCUCAAUUAGACGCCUAUGAUAACGAUGAAAUACAGUUGAUGGACACGGAUGAAACGAAUUUGAAUCUGGAAGAAGAACAACAAUUGCUACAAGUACCGACAGAUGUUGCUGAACAAUCCGAGGAAAAAGAAGAAGCAAAGAAAAGGGAAGAAGUACCAUCAUUACUUGUCAUUGAGAAAAUGAAAGUUUAUAUUCGAGAUGGACCUAACAAUCAUCAUGUUGAAGCAAUACCCGUCGACGAUAAAUACUAUGAAUUACCAAAUGCAGAUGAAUUGGCGACAAUUGAACUUACGGAAGAAAGUGCUAAUGAAGUUUGGCAAAGUUUAAAUUUAACUACUGAUGAUUUUCGAACAUCGGUAACUCCAGGUGGAAUCUCUCGUCCUGAAUCUCUUUACGUUCGUGGUGUGAAAAACAUGAGUACACAAGAAAUUUUCAAUUGUUUCGAAGAAUUUCAACCUAUCGGAAUCGAAUGGAUUAGCGAUCAUUCUUGCAAUAUUUUCUGGCAUGAUACAUUAACUCCACUUCAAGUUCUCUCAAAACAAUGCGCACCAGGACCGUCUAUAUCUCAUCGCCGCCCAGUAAACUAUGAUCACGCUAUGCGAUUAUCCAAACGAAAGGCGUCGGAAAUGACCGAUAGUGAAAAUAACUCAGCGGAUAUUGCACUUCCGCCUGGCCACUGGCGAGAAGGUAACUUUCCAUUAGCAGACAAACCAGACUCAACGGUUAAGUUAUAUGUUCGAUAUACAACGUUGGAGGAUCGAAAAGUACGUGGAGCAGAAAAUCAAUCGGAAUAUUAUCGAACUCAUGGAAAUCCAAACUAUGAUAAUAUGACCGGACUCAUAUCUCGAUCGAAAAAACGUGCAAUGAAUGCGAUGAAGGCAAAUCGUUUUCGAGAUUUUACGGUAGUCAAAUCAAGUGAUCCGAAGUCUACGUCGAAUAGCAUCGUUGAAGAAGUAUCAAACGUAACUGAAGAUAAUAAUACAACAGAUGCAAAGGUGAAAUUUACUGUUGUCCUUCCGCCGAAAAAGGGUUCGCCGAGUAAAGAGGAAGAUGACGACGACGACGAAGGUAAUCAUCGAUCGAAACGACACCGGCGACGAUCACGGGAUGAUGACGAUGGUGAUAACAAUGAUGAUUAUCAAAAACGAAGAGGCAAAACGCAUUUUACGGUAACGAUGGAUUCAGUGUCGAGAAAUUCAAGAGAUAGACGAGAGGAAACAUCUCGAUUAAAUCGAAGUCAUGAUGAUGACGAUGGUACUACAUCGGUUACUGAUGCAAGACAAAUUCUGGAAAGAAAACGACGUCAACGAUGA